AAAUUUUGAACUUUUUUCAAUAAAAUUGUUUACAUUUACUUUUUUCCCAUUUUUUGGUCUCUUUCUCACUGUUAACUCUCCUUUUGACUUCUUAUCGCUCUAAUCUAUAUGGGGUGUUGAGAAAGUUUGUGUAGGGUAAAAAAUCAUCCUCACUUGCGUAUAGACAUUAAAUUAUAUUUUCACCUUCUAGUAAACUUGAACAUAAACUUUCUCAACACCCUAUAGCUCUCAUUACUGUGCUCUCUGUAUUCCUAUUAAUCUUUGCUCUUUGGUAACUUACAUGCAUUUCUCCUUGAACCUUACCCCGCAUUUUAUGGAUUUAGCAGAAACUACUGUUUCUCAAAAAGAUUAGUUUUCAUUUGUGCUGCCUCUUGUUAUACUCUUUGGUUCCCUUUCUCUACUCUUUCUGUGCAUGUUUUUAUAAAAAUAUCACAUUGACUAUAUGACUGCAAUGAGACUUGCCUCUCGUUUCACAUUAUCAACGUUUAUUUAUCUUUUGAUUCCUUCAUUUUUGUUUGAUUGUAUCGUUCGUGCUGAUUGUUUCACCUAAAUUAUGUGUUGCUCUGUUUUAUAUUUAAUUAAUUGUCUACAUUCAGUGUUAAAAUUUACCUGAAUCUGUGUCAAAUCAGCAAUAGUUUUGCUCAACUAAUUUUACAACACAACGUUUUAUGCCCAGUCUUAUUUUCAUAUUAUGUGAUUGAUCGAGAAAUUAUUACCAUUGGCCUCUUAAAUUGUCUGCAAUCUUUAUCCACAUGACGAUGGUGGACCAUGGCAUUUUAAUGUUUGGAAGGCCUUGUAGCAAUAACCUGAUUUGUUUCACUGCUAUUCUCUUGAUAGUCUUAAUAAAUUAUGGGAUUAAUCCUGCGUUGGGCUGUGAUGGUUUGUUCUCCAAUAUUGGAACUACUUCAAAUGAUAUGACCAUUCAAGAAGGUGAUCCAUUUGAAAUAAAUUGUACAUUAUCCUCUUCUCGUAUCACCCUCUCUGGUAAACAAGUUGAAGCCAACUCCAAAAUGUUAUUGAUGAAAAAAAAUGGAACUCGAAUACCCAAUGUAAAAAUUCGUAUCAUUGAUGACCUAACAGCCCAGUUUAAAGUUAGACGGACAUCCAUGAAAGAUAACGGGUUUUAUUCGUGUUACUUUGAUCCAGGAGUGAGUGACCUGAAAGCAGCCUUGGUUUGUGGGACUGAAGUUAAAAUUGCUCAUGCGCCAAGUGAAAAUGAUGAUUUCCAGUUUAGUUGCACCGGCUAUGAUUUGAAAAAUUUCACGUGUAAUUGGGAACCGUUGAAUUAUAAUGUUAAAACUGAUUACCAUUUACACCUAUUAGUCGGAGGUAACUUCAGUUUUUCGUCUUGCACUGAUAACGACAAGCCUUCUUGUACAUUUUCCAUCAAAGAUGAAUCGCCUUACCUCAUUUCGGACAAGAAAUUACGGUUCCGUUUAGAUGUUAUUAAUAAAAUUGGCUCACUUUCCAAGACCUAUGAAAUUGAUCAUUACUCAAAUGUUAUUCUUGGUCCUGUUUCUCAAAUUAAAACCAUUGAUAUUGGAACUCAGAAUUUAAUGCUCAGCUGGGAGCCACCUACAAGUAUUUUGGACGAUUUUUAUCUUGAAAACAUUACUGAAUACUCCAUAAAUGUUUAUCAAGAUAAUUAUCCAACUGAUUUUACUGCAUCAAAAAAGGAUUAUACUGUGAAAAUGAACAUCACUUCAAAGAAACCAUCAGGACAAUUCAUAGUGAAAAAUCAAUUAAAUUUGAAUGUAACAUCUUUAAUUCCGUUUACAUCUUAUCGUUUCUCAAUUCGUUGUCGAAUGGUAACUGAUAAUGGACAAAGUCAAUGGGGUAAAGAGUCGGAUAAAAUUGUAACCACAAAACCUGAUGUUCCAUACAAACAUCCUAAAUUUGAAGUUGGGGCGUUUGAAGUAACCAAUCUAAGAGAGGAUAAAAGAAAUAUCAUGGUUUACUUUGAACCAAUGGAUCCACUGGACAGCAAUGGCCCGAACUUAACUUACGUUCUAUCAGUCAGACCUUUCGCUGUACAUGUAGCCCCAUAUAACAGAUCACCUGCAAACAUAAGGCUUACGUUACAAAGCCCACCAAGCCUCGAAUCGUCAAGUUUUUUCAUCCCUCAUCAAAAAUCAGAGUUAACACCAUCAAAAUAUUCUCCGUCAGAAGUUCAUUCAAUUACUUCAAUGUCAAAAAAAGAUGAGUUUGCCUCAAUAAAAAGAGAUGAAGUGCCAUCAGUCAGACUUACGCUCCCAAAUGCGAUUCAAUCGGAUGAAUAUCCCCAGGAAGUUAUCUCAGAUGUCAAAACGUUCCGCCAUGAAAUCGAAAAUUUAGAUAAUUCCAUGGGAUACAGAUUGGAAUUAUCUUCUCAUAAUAAUCUUGGUUAUUCAAAAGAAAUUAGCAUUUGCUAUAUUCCUGCUCAAGGCUCACUUCAAUCUGAUAUAGACCAAGUCUAUGCGAUUGAUUGGGGAAAUGGAAACUAUUCCGUUUACUGGUCUACUUCCUUUAACGAUAUCGUCUCUCACCAAUACGUUUAUUGGUGUGAAACCGCUGAUGGUCUUAAUUGUAAUACUGCACCUUCAAGUAAACAGGUAUCAAAAGACGAAUUAAAAACUGAUCUAAUGUUACCUGUCUCUAAAUACAAAUUUGGUGUAUCUGCGAUUGUAAGCUCGGGUCUUUUCUCAAACGGCCUUAAAUGGGCUUAUUGUAUAGAGACUGCUAUGGACUUAUCUUCUAAAAAUCGUAUAAAACGAUUUGAUUUAAUCUCGAUCAGUUCCAGUUCAAUCAAAGUAACCUGGGCACUUGAUUGCCCCGCGUUAAGUUACUUUAUUCAAAAAUAUCAAAUACAAUUUUGCCGUGCGGAUCGUCCCUGUUCGGAAACUUUAACCAUAAUUGAUGUUGAGAAAAAGGCAGUUGCCGUUGAAAUUGAUGAAUUAACGCCCGGUACAACGUACAAUUUCACUCUUCAUGCACUCACUGAUUCUGGUCAGGAAAUUGAAAGUCCAAUGCGAACUUUUGAUACCAAGAUUGAUUCGACUUCAUUAAUUUUCACCAUUCUAAUCAUAAUUGCUGGAGUCAUUUCCAUUUUAUUAGUUGUGUAUAGUUUAUUUGUUUGCAGCAUGAGAAAGCGUAAAGAUCAAAAAGAAUUAAAGAAAGCUGUUGAUAGCAAUUGGAUACCAAAGAUGCCUUCACGAUUAAAGGGAGAUGCCAAUAUUUUGCUUAAUCCUUUGUGCCGAGAAACUCGUAAUGAGUACGAAAAUAAAGAGUAUAUGAAUGCAGAUUCAACAAAUACAACCAAAUUCAUUGGCAACGGGUUAAAUUCAAAGUUAAAGAUGGACGAAGCAAUAGCAAACAAUGGAAAAAAUGUUAUCAUUUUGUCAACCAUCAGUGACAAUCAGUUGCACGAUGUAAUAAAUAUAAGAUCAUCUUCAUCUUUACCAUCAACCUCAUCUUUACCAUCAUCUUCAUCAUCAUCAACAUCUACGUCAACAGGAUCAGUAGACCCUGAUGAAAGAUUUGAUUCAUCUAAUUACAAAAAAAUAGAUGGUACAAAUGUAAAAAAUAUUAUAGCCAAAAAAGAGAGGAAAUCUUCUGAUGGUUGUGGCUGUGAUUCCGAAGAUUCUGGUUACAGUGCUAGACUCUCAGAUAAACACCCUUAUUAUAGAGGUGCCUCAUUCAAUAUAAGUGGAAUCAUAAGAUCUAUUAACGAAGAUUCACCUUACGUUGUACCUGAUAUCCCUUCAGGUAUACCCCUUGAAAAGAUCUCAAACAAUGCUUCACCAGUAGCCCGUAGUCUUUCUGAUUCCGAUUUAAGUUAUAAUGGUUAUACCGUAAUCACAAUUGAUUCACCAUCCAAACAAUCAAAUGGCUAUUUAUCAGAUCUCCAUCGUGACCACGGAAACGACCAGAAAGACAUUCAAAUUGUUUCAAAUGGCUAUGUUUAUGGCUAAAGAUAUAAAUAUUUACUAGUCUUUUAUGGUCAUGUAUUUCGUCUAUUUUAAUGUACUAAAUCAUUAACCAUCA